AUGGCAAUAAAAAAAUGUGGAGUUUGCGACGAAGCACAAUCCAAAUAUAAAUGUCCUACCUGCCUCAUACCCUAUUGUUCAUUGAUCUGUUUUAAGAAACACAAAGAAAUUCCUUGCUCAAAACCCGAAUCUUUGUCUGGGGAAAAACUAACUGAGACUGAAACAAUAAAGAGAGAGGGAAAAGAGCAUAGACGGCAAGAACCUGAUAUGCCCGAGAAAGAGACAGUAAAUAAAGAGGGCCAGGAGCAGAGAUUGCACGAAAUUGAUUUUUAUUCUGAUCCUGCAUUACAUAUUCAGAAACCAUAUUACGUCAAUGAUCCGAAUGAGGUGCUGCAAGAAUCACAACUACUGUCUGUAGCAUCUUCAAGUGAAAUUCGGGGCGCGCUGAAGAAUGAAGAACUUCGGAAACUUAUAUGUAAUGUUAAUUGUUCUGCUGAUGCUGAGAAUGAGCUGGAUAAAGCAAUGAAGUCAGAGGAGUUCUGCGCUCUUACUGAAAAGAUUUUAACUACAAUUGCUCAAUCAGUUCCUGAGAUAUGA